AUGAUGUUUACUCAUGUAUUUACCGGAUUUCCAGGAAGCUGUCACGACGCAAGAGUUCUUAGGAAUUCCGAUUUAUGGGAAAAUGGAUUACAAAUGAUUCCAAAUAUAUACCAUAUCAUAGCUGACGCAGCCUAUCCACUAAGAAUAUGGCUACUCACUCCCUACCGAGACAAUGGUCACCUGACACACGAGCAACGCCGCUAUAACAACUACCUGUCCAGCAACAGAAUGGUAAUUGAGAGAGCAUUUGCUCUUCUGAAGGGUAGAUUCCGCCGAUUGCGUUUCCUGGAAACCCAGAAAAUUGAGUAUGCUGUCAAAAUUAUCAUGACCUCUUGUGUUUUACAUAAUGUCUGCAUUUUCAACCAUGAUGAAGUCGACGAUUUCAUUCAGCAAGAUGUUAUUGCAGCAAAUUAUAAUGUUCCAGGAAUCCAGGACUGUGAAGCCCAGGGUGUACAGAAACGUAAUCAAAUAGCCAGGAAUCUUUUGUGA